CUCUCUCUCCCCCUCUGUCUCGGAUCCUUGAGACGCAGACAGAAUCACUUCUACAGAACUGAACUUAUCAGACAGAACUGCGUAGGCAGGAGCAAGCUGCUGCUCCCACUGUUCUAUUGGAGCACUGUUGCUGCGACGAGAGAUCGACAUGCCAGUGAGUUAAUCCAGGUUCGUUGUUCCUGGCUCCGGUUGGCUUCUUGGCUGCGCUGCAGCGGCGGUUGCUGCUGUUCUUCUCCGAUUGGCAUACGAAGAUUUGGUUUUUGAAGCCGAGCGAGCGAGCGAGCUGGUUUUACUAGUUAUACGGGCAUGGAGCAGGCGCAGCAGACCGACGAGGACGGGUUGCUGGGCUGCGGCGCGAUGGAGGACGUCGCCGUUGGCGACCUGGAUCUCAUGGAGGAGCUGUUCCUGGCGGCGCCGGGGUUCGAUUUCUCCGAGUUCUCGCACCCCGACGCCGGCGCGUGCGGUGGCCCUCUCUCGCCGCUGUUCGACAUCUGCAGCACGACCACCACGGCGACUCCCGCCGCGCCGGCCGGCGAGGACGACAGGGACGAGCCGGAGAGGGUCGACGGGAUCGAUGCGAGCCCGCCGUGCCGCGGCUGGCUGUUCCAGCCAAGACAGGAGGCGGUGGCCACGGUGAAGGAGCGGCUGCGGCGCGCGUUGGAGCGCAUCGCGUCGCUGUCGCAGCCGCAGACCGGGGAGCUGCUGGCGCAGGUAUGGGUCCCCACGGUGAUCGGCGACCGGCAAGUGCUGACGACGUGCGGGCAGCCGUUCUGGUUGGACAGUCGGAACGAGCGCCUCGCGAGCUACCGGACGGUGUCGAUGAAGUACCAGUUCUCCGCCGAUGAAAGCUCGCGCGCCGAGCUGGGGCUGCCUGGCCGCGUCUUCGUCGGUCGCGUCCCCGAGUGGACGCCCGACGUCCGCUACUUCUCCUCCGAGGAGUACCCGCGCGUCCGCCAUGCGCAGUACUUCGACAUCCGCGGCAGCGUCGCGCUCCCGGUGUUCGAGCCCCGGACCUGGGCCUGCCUCGGCGUCGUCGAGCUCGUCAUGACCACACAGAAGAUCAACUACGGUGCCGAGAUCGAGAACAUCUGCAGUGCUCUCAAGGAGGUUGAUCUCAGAAGCUCCGAUGUUUCCAGUGAUCCCCGUGCAAAGGUGGUUGAUACUUCUUACCGAGCAAUUGUACCAGAGAUCGUUUAUGUUCUCAGAACUGUUUGUGAGAGACACGAACUGCCACUGGCUCAGACAUGGAUACCGUGCAUCUGCCAGGCAAAGAGGGGAAGCCGCCACUCCGAUGAAAAAUCCAAGUACUGCGUGUCCACUGUGGAUGAGGCGUGUUACCUCCGCGACACAAGUGUAAGGGGCUUUCACCAAGCUUGCUCCGAGCAUCAUCUGUUCAGAGGUGAGGGUGUUGUUGGCAGGGCAUUUGGGACGAACGAGCCAUGUUUCUCCCCGGACAUUACUGCCUACAGCAAGGUCCAAUACCCUCUCUCACAUCAUGCAAGACUUUUCAGCUUGAGGGCUGCAGUGGCCAUCCGACUGCGAAGUGUCAGGACUGGAAGCCUUGACUUUGUCUUGGAAUUGUUCUUGCCAAUGGACUGUGUAAAGAGCGAAGAGCAAAGGUCCAUGCUUAAUUCUUUGUCCAUUACAAUACAGCAGACCUGCUAUACAUUACGAGUUGUCAGUUUGAAAGAACUGGUGGAUGAAGGAUCAUUUGAAACAAGUGCACUAACCCCACCAGAAUGUUAUGCCAAGUCUAUGCAUGAAAACUUGGAUGAGCUUUGUAGUGGCACUGAUGUUCCUGCACGGACAACAUCGCUGGAAGCUUCUGAGGAGGUAUCCUCAUGGAUAGCAAGCCUUGUGGAUGCUCAAAAUAAGGGAGUGAAAGAAAUGGAUGGCGACCUACCAUUUGGAUUUAGCAAGCAAGAGGAUGAAGGGUUUAGUGUUACAGCUGGCUGGCAUACUUCACCAGUACUAGGGCCUGAAGGAAGUAUCUUUUCAGGGUUUAAGCAGCAUGAAGAAUACGAGGUCAAGGAGGAAACUUGUUCUAGAGAUCCAAGCUCUUCGAAGUUGGACAAAACAGUAGAGAAGCGGCGCACUAAGAUGGAGAAAACCGUUAGCCUGGAAGAGCUUCGGAAGCAUUUUGCUGGUAGCCUGAAAGAAGCUGCAAAGAAUUUAGGAGUGUGCCCUACUACACUGAAGAGAAUAUGCAGGCAGCAUGGAAUUAAUCGUUGGCCAUCACGGAAGAUCAGAAAAGUUGGGCACUCCUUAAAGAAAUUGCAAAUGGUCAUUGAUUCGGUACAUGGUGCUGAAGGAACAGUGCAGCUCAGCUCGUUCUAUGAAAACUUUACCAAGGCCACAUGGUUAGAAAGAGAGUCACAGGGGGAUGUCACUUAUUCAAUAUCUGAGCAAAAAGCUCACUUGGAACCUUCGAUUCCUGAUCGGCAGUGCGAGGGCAGAUUCACUUCACAUACUUCUGGCUCUAAUUCCCUCUCCCCCUCUUGCAGCCAAAGCUCAAAUUCCAGCCAUGGUUGUUCCAGUGGUUCGAAGUCGCAACAGCAUGGCAGUGCUCCCCAGCUUGCCAUUAAGCAAGAAGUUUUCGUGGAGGAGAAUCAGAGUUCCACGCUACUGAAAGCUGUGAGCCAUGCAGAACUGCAGAUGUUUACUGAAGAAAGACCUGUCACCCUGUCUAGGCCCCAGAGUCAAAUGCUUUUAAGUGAACAAAAACCAAUGGAAAACAUGUCAGGCAUGCAGUCUAAGCCUGAUUCUCUCAAAAUAAAAGCCAUGUAUGGCGAAGAAAGAUGCAUAUUCCGACUUCAGCCUAGUUGGGGAUUUGAAAAGCUAAAAGAAGAAAUUGUAAAGCGGUUUAGCAUUGCUGAGGAGACCCGUGUGGACCUUAAGUACUUGGAUGAUGAAUCUGAGUGGGUUCUUUUAACAUGUGAUGCGGACCUGCUGGAGUGUAUUGAUGUGUACAAGUCAUCAAGUGCUCAAACAGUAAGAAUCUUGGUAAAUCCUACUGUUCAGCCAGUGCUUGGUCAAACUGGUUUGUCCUGACAAUGCUCUUCCAGGAUGCAGACAAGCAUCCCAUCUCUCGUCUUGAAGUAAAUAUUGUGUUGACAUUGCCCUCAGUUUUAAGUCAUGAUGAUAUGCACAGGAAGCAUCUGUAAAUACCUACUGUGCUAUCAUCCAAUGGUCAGAUGGUCGGCAAACUUAGAACUGUGACCAACCAAUGGUCAAAUGCCCAGUGAGUUCUGUCUGUUGCUGCUUGGUGGUUGUGUGCCAGAAUUGGAAAAGAAGUGAUUGUUGAUGUUCCCUGUCAGCACUUGGGAUUAAUUUUUUAUGCAGUAAACUGCAUACAAUCUUGUCCGUGAUAACAGAAGUUAGAACUUUGUACUUCUUGUUCAGGUUCAUAACUGUAGAAUUAGUUUGUUGCACUUAACAAACUAGUGUACAACAUAGGUCAGAGAGUGGAGCCAGUAGGAAUUUGUCGAAAUGAAGCUUUGGAUUAGGUUUAGCAGUCAUGACCAAGUUACAGAACAAAUGUUAGCUCUUUUGGGGUUUGAUCCGUUGCACAAUUCUGAAGUAUUUGCUUCAAGGUUCAACAUUUAAAAGAUCACCAAAAGUUACAAGCUCUGUAAUCAACAUAAGCGUGCUUACGCUGUCAUAUGUCAGUUUAGCCACGCUGAAAUGUCUUCUCACCAGUAGCAAAAGGAGCUUGAGCAGAACACCUGGAGCUAUGACAACACAACAAUAUAUGCAUCAAGCUUAUCUCCAGUCAAAAUGCAAUUUUGUUGGUCCGAGAUCAAUGCUAGCAUCGAAUCUUGUAUGCAUUCCGUAGUUUAUCAUAUUUCUGCUUCACCGUUUCAGAAGGGAAGGUGGUUUUGGACACCCUGAAUAAUUUGACAGUUGGAAGGCAGAAGAUGUCCUAGUCGCCUAGACGACAUCGGUGCAUAGAGUUUUUUCCCCCUCAUUUUCUUUCAGUACUGGAAUGCUAUAGUGUUUUGAGUUGCUUACAGCUUACGAUCGUCGUCGCAUCCUGGCAUCUGGCUACGCUGCACUUGGUCGAGAGAGGCUCCAGCUGAUGCAUCGUGCGCGGCCGGUGGAACGGCGCCCGGCGGCUGGAGGAGGGCUGCUAAUGGAAGAGGCCGAGUUUACGCAGCCGCUCAAUUUGCAUCGCCCGCCGCCGGUGCACCUCUUCAAUCGCGGCGGCGGCCUGGGCCUCUUGGAUACAGCACUCAUGAUGAAGCCGUCCAGGUCCGGGUCGUAGCUCCGGUCCGACUCCCAGCCGUUGCCCUUGGCCCUCGGAACGCUCCUCACGGCGUCGUGGUCGUGGCCUGACCGAAUCCGACUCGGGCACAGGCUUCGAACACUGUCGGUUUCCCCUGUCCGAUUCGGGUCCAUUCCGGAACUCGGUCACCUAGCUAAUUUGAGACUAAUAGACUCAUAUCGUAUCGUUUGCAAAGUAAGAUUGUUGACAAUAAUUGCAAAGUAAGAAUUAACUUUGUGUUGA